AUUGGAGGCCCAAGGGCCAAGCUUCAUAAUAUACUUUUCUUCUAAUUUAGCCACGCCUCCCUUACUUGUGCCCUUUUGAUUGGCCGAUCAAAAAGAAAAAAGAAAAAAAAAACGCCAAAAAACGUGCGCAAGAAAAAUUCAUUACGCUAUUUGUCUCGCCAACACAACACUCGGCUUGAUAUUUCUUUUAUAAACCCCCCAAUUUCUCUCUCUGUUUGUUGCAUUCUUCAAUUCAUUCAUACAUAAUUAUCGUCAACACUUUGGAAGAUUUCAAUCACAUCUUCUUCUUCUUAAACCCGUUUACAAUCCACACAAUCUUGCUCUGGAAAUUUCAUGUCAAAAAAGCGAAUCCAAACACAACGAUGGGAGAUCAAGGGUUUGGUUACACAUUGGAUGAUGCACUGGGUGCAAUUGGGUUUGGGAGAUUCCAAUAUGUUGUGCUUGCAUAUUCUGGGUUGGGGUGGGUAGCAGAAGCAAUGGAGAUGAUGCUGUUGUCGUUUGUGGGACCGGCUAUUCAGCCUGAGUGGGGGCUUUCUGCUAAUCAAGAAAGUAUGAUAUCAACUGUUGCUUUUGCUGGGAUGCUUGUUGGUGCUUAUUCAUGGGGGCUGGUAUCUGAUACCUAUGGAAGAAAGAAGGGAUUUCUUGGAUCGGCUAUAUUAACAACCUCAGCUGGGCUUUUGAGUGCGAUCGUGCCAAAUUAUACAUUAUUGUUGAUUCUCCGCUUCCUUGUUGGUAUUGGUAUAGGCUGUGGGCAUGUGUAUUCAUCAUGGUUUCUUGAGUUUGUUCCCACUCCAAACAGAGGUGCUUGGAUGAUUGUUUUUUCAACUUUUUGGACAGUUGGAACAAUAACCGAGGCUUCACUUGCAUGGUGGAUCAUGCCUACAUAUGGUUGGAGGUGGCUCCUUGGAGUAUCCGCAAUUCCAUCUAUCAUGGCGCUACUUUUUUACGGUCUAGUGCCGGAGUCUCCACGAUACCUAACUACACAAGGAAGAUUAGCCGAGGUCCGACAAAUUCUCGAGAACGGAGCUGCAGCCAACCAGAAAGAACUUCCAGCUGGCCUACUUGUUUCCGAUCAUAUAAAGAUUAUGACCUACGACAACGAGCCAUCGGAAAGUACCGCAUUACUCUCUAACGGUAAAACAAGCAGUUCUCAAAGAAGCUCAUCCUCCGUACUCAUGCUUUUAUCACCAAAGUUGAUCAGAACAACGCUUCUCUUAUGGUUCUUGUACUUUGCCAACACGUUUGCUUAUUACGGUAUUAUAUUAUUGACUUCACAAUUAAGUGCGCCGCAAAGUGAAUGCGACACCCCCUCGUUACGCUCGGAAAAUAUCAAGGAUCCGAGCCUGUAUACAAAUGUAUUCAUCACUAGCUUGGCAGAACUUCCGGGGCUUGCUUUAGCAGCUUAUAUAUUGGACCGAGUAGGUCGUAAGAUCUCCAUGGAAAUCAUGCUCGUUUCAGGGUUCGUUUUAUUACUGCCGAUAAUCACCCAUCAGAAUGAAAUGAUAACCACAGGCGCUCUGUUUGGCUCUCGGAUGUUUAUUUCGGCAAGCUUCAUUAUUGUCUGUAUCUAUGCCCCAGAGGUGUAUCCUACGAACUUAAGAACGACAGGGGUUGGAAUAGCGACAGCAAUAGGCAGAGUUGGAGGUAUGGUUUGUCCGUUGAUAGCAGUUGGAAUGGGAAGCGGUUGCCACCAAACGGUUCCUGUGAUUCUGUUUGAGGCUACGAUACUUCUGGCGGCUCUGAGUGUGGUGAUUCUUCCGGUUGAGACCAAAGGGAAAAAAUUGCCGGACACUUUAGAUCUACCUGUUCAAGUACAAUAAAUGUCGCGUGUAUAGUGAGAGUGAACGAUAGUUCAAUAAUGAGAGCGCGAAAGAUAGUUGAUUAUAUGGUUUCGUAACUAUCUUAUGUAUAGCGCAAUGGUUCUUGUGGUUUUUUAUUUAAAAUUGGUUAUGUAUUGAAUGAUACUCAUAUGUCAUGUUUUAUUUUUUCUCAAACUAAAACAAUUAUUGUUAGCUUACAUUA